AUGAAACUUACGGCGGAAUCAAUGGCGCCGAAUCAAGGCAUCUCUGCUUUCUUUAGGGGUCGUAUUCAUUCUCGUGUGUACGGAUUCCAGGAACAAGGGAGGGGCAAGGACCUGGUGAGGCUGGACGAGAUCGGGACAGCCAUGAUCAGCCUGGAGGAGUGCUGCUGGGAGAUGCAGCUGCAGCAGCAGCAGCAGCAGCAGAAAGUUGGGGCUCCUCUGCAGCAGCUGGUGGUUGUCCCCAUCAGGGUCCGGAAGGACGGGUGGGCAAGCGAUGCCAUGCUCUAUGUGAACGUGGAGCUGGUGGACCUGAGCGCGCCGGCGGAGGUGGAGAGGAGCGUGUCCUUCAGGGAGAAGCCGAGGGCGAACCCCACGCCGGCCCCGACGAUGAGGGAGAUCCACAGGGGCUCGACGUACCACGAGGUUCUUGACCUGAAGCAGCUGCUCGACCUCGCCGAGAAGCAGGGCAGGGUGGCGGUGUACCGGAACAAGCGCAACUCGGACACCAGCAGCGCCAGCAGUGGCGGCGGCAUGAGCAGCAGCAGCAGCACCGUCAGCCUGAGCAGCGCCAGCACCAGCACCAGCGGCGGCGCCAGCCCGGAGCCCGGGUCGACCUCCAAGCGCCGGUUCCUGCCGUGGCGGCGGCGCAGCUGGGAGUCGCUGUCCCAGGAGAUGCCCGUCGUCAAAUGCUGCGUGGGAGGGGACGACGAGGAUGCCUGGGAGGCGCGCGAGUUCACGAGCCGGGACUCGGAGACGAGGCUCCGGACGCCGGUCUUCUUCGCGUCCAUCGACCAGCGCGACGACAGCGCCGGCGGCGAGAGCGCGUGCACGGCGCUGGUGGCCGUGCUGGCGGCGGCGCUCCACGCCAACCACCCGCUGAUGCCGACCCGGGCGGAGCUGGACGCGCUCAUCCGCGACGGCUCGUCCGAGUGGAGGCGGCUCUGCGACGACGAGGCGCACAUGGCGCAGUUCCCCAACCGGCACUUCGACCUGGAGACGGUGCUGGCGGCGCGAACGCGGCCCAUCGCCGUGGAGCACGACAGGGCCUUCGUCGGCUUCUUCCAGCCGGAGAGCUUCGCGUCGCUGUCGGGCGCCAUGUCGUUCGACGACAUCUGGCGCGAGAUCAGCGCCGGCGCCGCCGCCCGCGAGCGCGCCCCGGGCGAGGCCGACGUGUACAUCGUCAGCUGGAACGACCACUUCUUCGUGCUCAAGGCCGAGAGCGACUGCUACCACGUCGUGGACACGCUCGGCGAGCGGCUCUUCGAGGGCUGCGACAAGGCCUACAUGCUCAGGUUCGACGCCACGUCGGAGAUGCGCGCCGUGCCGUCGCCGGACUCGUCGCCGUCGUCGGGGCCGGAGGAGGAGGUGGUGGUCGCCACCGGGAAGGAGUGCUGCGGCGAGUUCAUCAAGAGGUUCCUGGCCGCCAUCCCGCUGAGGGAGGAGCUGCACAUCGAGCAGAGCGGGUGCGCCGACGCCGGCGCGCCCCACCGGCGGCUGCAGAUUGAGUUCCACUUCACCGUGCUGCAGCAGCAGCAGCAAGACGGAGGGAGAUGA